UGUGGUUUGCUAUGUGAUUCAAAUUCACUCAAAAUGAAGAGAAAUUUGAGAUGCACACCUUCUCUAUUUCUUGCUCUCCGUGAUAAAAUCCAUGGCGUUGAUCACAACACACCGCAGUAUAUCCAACACCCUCUUCGUUAUCUAUCCAGACAUCUCUCCGCCACCACUAAUUUAAGCUUUUCCAAAUCCGCCAUUGACAACCCUAUCACCGGACCCGCCAUUUACUCAUCUUUUUCUUCCUCCGCCGACGGCCAAGAAGAAGAAUCCCACAGUGACCCAGAACAUGAAUUCGAUAGCGGCGGCGAUGAAGCCACGACGGCUGACGAGAACGCCGACGACCAAUGCUGUUCCCGUGAUUUGGAAGCCAUUGCGGACAUUCUUCGAACACCUGGUGUGCACGAAAAGAGCAGAAAGCUGGAGCACUGCGGGGUCAAUGCUUCGCCGGGAUUAGUCGCCAACGUGCUCUCCGGCACGCGCAACGACUGGGAAGCAGCGUUCACCUUCUUCCUGUGGGCCGGCAAGCAGCCGGGCUACGCCCACUCCCUCCGCGAGUACCACUCCAUGAUAGCCAUCCUCGGAAAAUUCCGAAAAUUCGACACCGCGUGGGCCCUAAUCGACGAGAUGCGAGCCCAAUCCCUCGUCACACCCCACACCCUCCUGAUCAUGAUCCGCCGCUACGCCGCCGUGCACGACGUCGGCAAGGCGAUCGGAGCCUUCUACGCCCUCCGGCGGUUCAAGUUCGACAUCCGCCUGGAGGAGUUCCAGCGCAUGCUGGCCGCCCUGUGCAGGUACAAGAACGUGAAAGACGCGGAGCACAUGCUCUUCUGCAACAAAGACGUGUUCCCUCUGAACACGAAGAGCUUCAACAUCAUCCUCAAUGGAUGGUGCAACGUGAUCGGCUCCCUCCGCGAGGGCCAGAGAAUCUGGAACGAGAUGGAGACGCGAGGCGUCAAACCUGAUGUGUACUCGUACUCCAGCAUCAUGUCCUGCUAUUCGAAAGCCAACCAUCUGAACAAAGUCGUCAGACUCUACGAAAAGAUGAAGUCUUUAGGCGUAAAACCCGACAAGAAAGUCUACAACGCCGUAAUUCACGCUCUAGCCAAAGGGAAGCUUCUGAAAGAAGCUUAUAAUGUGAUGAAAACUAUGGAGGACGAGGGUUUCAAACCUGAUGCGAUCACCUACAACUCACUCAUCAUGCCGCUCUGCAAGUCACGGCUAUUGGACGAAGCCCAACAUGCGUUCGACGAAAUGACUGAGAGAGGCCUGCAACCCUCAAUCCGAACGUACCACGGUUUCUUUCGUGCUUUGAGAACAGGGGAGCAAGUAUUUGAGCUCUUGCGGAAAAUGUCUGCUAGCGGGUGCAGUCCGAGCCACGAGACGUAUAUAAUGCUGAUAAGGAAAUUCUGCCGGUGGCGCCAGCUGGACGACGUGUAUAAGGUGUGGGGUGAGAUGAGCAAGAAUGGGCUCGAUCCAGAUAGAAGCUCGUAUAUUGUGCUGAUACACGGUCUUUUCUUGAACGGGAGAUUGGACGAGGCCCAUAAGUACUACUUGGAAAUGAAGGAGAAGCAGUUCUUGCCGGAGCCGAAAAUUGACGAGGUGCUUCAGGCUUGGGUGGCUGGUAAAGGGGAUGGAGAUUUGAAUGUGGUUGUGUCAAAAGAGAAUCGAACGGUUUGUAGUGAAGUUGGAGAAAAGGUGAGGGGUAAAUCUGGAAAAAGUGAAAAAAGUCGGAGGGAGAGUGAUUUUCUCAGACAACCGGAAUCGAGAAGCGUUACGAGGGAACGAGGCUUCUCUUUCUGGGAUUAGUUAGCCGUUUGUUUGCAACUGUUUUAUUUAUUUACUUUAUAUUUGAAUAUCGAGAUUAUUAUAUAUUUUAUGUUGUAGGUGACUAGAAAAUUGUAAUAUCCGAAUUCAGCCAAUUACGAUUUGGACCAA